UCCUUCCUCGCACUCUUCAUUCAUUCCUUUAUCAGCAAUUACAACACUCCCUCUCCUUCCUCCAAACCUUCCUCUCUCUCCCUAUAUCUCUCUCUCUCUCUCUCUCUCUCUAUAUAUAUAUAUGAAGUUAUUAACUGAUCAGCCGCCUGAUCCUCUUCAAUUCCAAACCUGCGCCGUCCCUUCCUCCUUGUAAUUCUGUCGUCUCUCUUAAUUCUCUCCCCUCGUCGGAACAAGAGUUGUUCGAUCGCCAUGCAGCAACCGACGUCGACGGAGGCCGCCGAGAACAUCGUGAUUGUCGGCGCCGGCAUCGCCGGCCUCGCCACUGCGCUCGGUCUGCACAGGCAGGGCAUUAGAAGCGUGGUGUUGGAGUCGUCACCGACGCUGCGAGCUGCGGGGUUUGCGUUCACGACAUGGACGAACGCAUGGAGGGCGCUCGACGCUCUCGGUGUAGGCGACACCAUCAGGGCCCACCACCUUCGAGGCCAGAGGUUGGUCGUUAAGUCUGCAUCUAGUGGCGAAACUGCUACGAAAUUGAAUUUAAUGGCUCAAGGAAGAAGUGGAAUGCAUGAAAUUUAUUGUGUGAAGAGGAACUUUUUGUUAGAAACCUUGGAGGAGGAGCUACCUAGAGGCACCAUUAGAUACUCAUCAAAGAUCGUCUCGAUAGAGGAGGAUGGCAACAUAAAGCUCGUACAUUUGGCUGAUGGAUCCAUAAUCAGAACGAAGGUACUGAUAGGGUGUGAUGGAGUAAAUUCAAUUGUAGCAAAAUGGUUGGGUCUGAAGAAGCCAUCCUUCUCAGGGCGUUCUGCUACUAGAGGUCUUGCGGAGUUCCCAAAUGGCCAUGGGUUUCAACCUGAAUUUUUGCAGCUCUUUGGCGAGGGAUUUCGCGCAGGUUUAUUGCCCUGUUCAGAGCAAAGUUUAUACUGGUUCUUCACAUGGACUCCUUCUGCUGACGAAAAAGAGGUGGAGGAAAACACGAGCAAAAUGAGAGAAUAUGUUCUGAAGAAGCUUAAGCAUGCGAAAGUCCCUGAUGAGGUGAUACAAGUCAUCGAAGUUAGCGAAAUGAGUGAUGUGGUCUCAUCUCCUCUUAGGUAUCGAUCUCCCGUCUCUUUACUAUAUGGCAAUAUUACUAAAGAAAAUGUGUGCGUAGCCGGAGACGCCUUCCACCCGAUGACCCCCGACUUAGGUCAGGGCGGUUGCUCGGCGCUUGAAGAUAGCGUUGUUCUUGCUCGGUGCUUAGGCGAAGCCAUCCGCGGGGAGGAUAAAGGAGGUAAAAAGGGAGAAUAUGAGAGAAUUAAGGACGGAUUGAAGAAGUACGCCGAGAACAGGAGAUGGAGGGGCAUUCAAUUGAUUGUGACAGCUUAUGUCAUCGGUUUUAUUCAGCAAAGUGAUAACGCAUUCAUAGGCUUUUUGAGGGAGAAGAUUUUGUCAGGAAUAAUGGCCAAAACGCUGAUGAAGAUGGGCGACUAUGACUGUGGCAAGCUGUAAAAUUAGUUACCACUGCUGUACUCCCCUCCCAUCUUGAUUUUGAAACUUUGUAAACCGUAGCUUUUGGUGAUGUUUUAUUUGUAUUGUUGACUGUCGAUGUCUUGUUGUUGUAAUGUUAAUUGAAACGUAAGUUAAUAAAUGCAAAAAAAGAGAAUCCAAUAUCUUUCUCA